UUAAUGCACUUUAAGAGAGAGAAAAUAAGUAGAUAGCGAAAAUAAGUAGAGAGAGGGAGUAAAUGGAGGCAGGGCGCGAGAGAGAGAGCUGUCUCGUGAACCCAGUAAGUGAAGAAAAAGCUCUUUUCUUUCCUGUACUCUCUUCUUCUUCUUCUUUCUUCGUCCACAUACUCUCUUUACUCUCCAUACCUUCUCUGUAAAAACCUUGCUUUCUCCCUAAAGCAAUUCCGUUUCUAACUCUAACAUUCACAUUCAUUCUUUCCUUACCUUUUGAAUCACGGGAUCCCCAUCAAUUCUUUUUCUCUUUUCCGUUUCUAUCCCUUUUCAUGUAUUCUUUAAAGUUUCAAUCUGUCUCUCUCCAUUGUUGCUUCACAUUGAUGAGAUACACUGAGGGAAACUGAAAAAAGAACCCAACCGGAGAGGGAAAAGUGUAUACACAGAGGAUUGUAUAGAGGAGAGUGAGUGUGGGAGUGUGUGAAAAUGUCGCAUCAGGGGAAAUCUACGUCGGAGCUACGGUUACAAGCGCUGUCGGAUCGGUUAAGGAAUACGCUAAGUUACGAUGAAGAGGAUAACGGUGUCAACGUUAAUAAGCCGGACUUUCGGGAACUCGAUCUGGGAUCGCCUGUUUCGCCGCUGCGGCAUCGGGCUUGUAGAGUCAGUGCCUCCACCGCCACUACACCCAGCAGCAGUUCCAGUUCCUCUGGAUCGGUGUCUGGCCGGAGCACUGCCGGGGUCCACUCGAAUCCACCUAGGAAAUCCAAUUCCAACAGUCACUCAGGUGAGCUUUCGAGUUGUUCCGUGGGAAGUUCCCCAUCGGCGGUGCGUAACUCCAAUCCUGGUAAUACUCGCACCGCUUCGGGCGGUACUCACCAGUUAAUUUACUCCAGUGGUGGCUCUGUCAACUCUCCAGCGGUCAAUGUGCUCCCCAACGGGAACAUUUGCCCUUCCGGCAGGGUCUUAAAGACCGGCAUGGCCAGUAGGCCAACUAAGACAGACGUUUUGGGGUCUGGGACGGGCAAUUACGGCCAUGGCAGCAUAAUGCGGGGUGGUCCUUCAUCAAAGCCCAGCGUCACAAAGGACAGCCGACCCAUAAAUUACUCGAGAGGAUUAAUAGUUGGUGGAGAGUCAGUGAAGAGAACGGGAACAUAUAAUAAUGAUGAUGCAGAGGAGUUGAAAAAAAGGGGGAAUGAGAAUUACAGGAAGGGAAAUUUUGCAGAGGCUUUAGCCUUUUACAGUAAAGCAAUUGCCGUAUCCCCAAGCAAUGCCGCUUACCAUUUCAAUCGAGCCGCUACUUUAAUUGGGCUUAGGAGAUUGGCUGAGGCUGUUCGGGAAUGUGAAGAGGCUAUAAAGUUGGAUCCAGGGUACGUGAGGGCGCAUCAUCGUUUAGGAUCUUUGCUUCUUAGUUUAGGACAGGUUGAGAAUGCCAGAAAGCACCUUUGUUACCCAGGGUAUCAGGCAGAUGCAGUCGAGUUGCAGAAGCUGCAAGCAGUUGAGAAGCAUCUAAACAAGUGCACUGAUGCCCGGAGAGUUGGUGACUGGAGAAAUACAUUGAGUGAAGUUGAUGCUGCCAUUGCUUCUGGUGCUGAUGCCUCACCACAGCUUUGUGCAUGUAGAGCAGAAGCUCUCUUGAAGCUCCUCCAACUAGACGAUGCUUUUUUAGCAAUCUCGGACAUUCCUAAAUUUGAACUGUCUACUGGGAAGAUUUUCGGGAUGCUUUUUGAAGCAUAUAUAUUCUUUGUUAGAGCCCAAAUUGAGUUGGCAAGAGGGAGGUUUGAAAAUGCACUUACAGAUGUUGAGAAAGCGAGAAAAGUUGACCCACGUAAUGUUGAAAUCUCGGUUAUGCUCAAUAAUGUGAGAUUGGUGGGCCGAGCGCGUGCUCGUGGGAAUGAUCUUUUCAAGUCUGAAAGGUUUACUGAAGCAUGUUCGGCUUAUGGUGAAGGGCUUAGGCUCGAUCCUUUUAAUUCCGUUCUUUAUUGCAAUAGAGCGGCUUGUUGGUUUAAGCUUGGACAGUGGCAACUGUCAGUGGAUGAUUGCAACCAAGCUCUUUGUUUUCAGCCCAAUUACAUUAAAGCUCUUCUUCGAAGGGCUGCCUCAAACUGCAAGCUUGAACGGUGGGACGAAGCUGUAAGAGAUUAUGAGCUUUUGAGAAGGGAACUCCCCAAUGACAACGAGAUUGCCGAAUCUCUAUUUCAUGCGCAGGUUGCACAGAAGAAAUCAUGUGGAGAAGAGGUUUAUAAUCUGAAAUUUGGGGGUGAAGUGGAGUCAGUUUCAGGGCUUGAGCAGUUUCAAGCUGCAACCUCUUCUCCUAGUGUAUCUGUCGUCCAUUUUAAAGCGGUAUCCAACCUACAAUGCAAGCGCAUCUCGCCAUUCUUGGACACGUUAUGCACUCGAUAUCCAUCAAUAAAUUUUCUUAAGGUGGAUAUAGAAGAGAGUCCUGCUGUUGCACGUGCUGAGAAUGUUAGAAUUGUGCCAACGUUCAAGAUAUACAGAAAAGGCAGCCGAGUGAAGGAAAUGAUCUGUCCAAGUCCAGAGGUGUUGGAGGCUUCGGUACGACAUUAUAGUUUCUAGAGCUCGGUCAUAUUAUCCUUCUCUACCUUCAUCUCAUGCACAUUCCUGAAACCACAGCUUACUGGAAACAGCCUUUAGUCCCACCAUAUUAGAAUUAUUAGUUAUCUGUGGCAUAAUUGGAACUAUACACAAUAAUCCCCCCUACCGUAUUCACCAAGUGCCUGUGAAAUGCAAACCCAUAGCAUAGUACUUUUUGCAUUUCUAUCUAUUCUUUCGUUUGUAAUUGUUGUCCAGUUCAAUCUUCGUCCAUUAUUUCAAUCUGUUUGGACCAUGUUUCCGACCCUUUUCGAGUAGAUCGGCCCCUUUCAAGUAUAUCUCCAUUCGACAAAAGAUUAGUGAGAAAGAUAUACAACAUUAUUUGAGUUCGACGCUUGGCUAAAUUUAGUGCGAGGAUAGAGAGGAAUCCCAUGCUGGUUGGGUAGCUUUUAAGAUGGGAUCUGUACAUGUAUAUACAUGAUGAUGAUAUAUACACAUUGGUGGCCCAUUGAAGGGUAAUGAAUUUCCAGUGGUUACUUAUUGUGUUAGUGAUAGAAGAAUGAACAUGAAAUCAUUGAUAGUAAUGUUUCUUUGCUCAACAUUGAAUUAAUAAAAUUUAUCCAGAUUUUUUCA